ACGCCUCAAAGGGACCCGCUGCCUUUCUCUGCGUUGGGAACAGCAGGUUGUGUGGAUGGCAUCCCCCAGGAGCUUGUAUCUGGUGUCAAGACCUCUGUACACUGAGGACAGCUUGGCUGAGAAACAUGAGAAAGUCUGCAGGGACCGCAAGACUCUUUCUCAACAUGUCCUUCAGUACUUCAAAUGGGACACCAAACGGGCUAAAAAGGCCGGGCUGUCUCUUCUCCCCAUCAUUGGUUGGAUGAGGAUCUACCAGAUUAAAAGCUGGUUGCUAGGGGACAUUGUGUCAGGGGUCAGCACUGGACUUGUAGCGGUCAUGCAAGGCCUGGCCUUCGCCAUGCUGGCCUCUCUGCCUCCCGAAUACGGCCUCUACACCGCCUUCUUUCCCAUGAUCACCUACUUCUUCCUUGGGACGUCCAGACACAUCUCAGUCGGAGCCUUCCCCGUUCUGAGUCUGAUGGUGUCGGCCGUGGUCACCACCAUGGUUCCUGAGAAAGGCGACGCUGUGGACAUCCCAGGGUUCGAUGGCAAGGACAAGGAGCAGAAGAGGGUGCUGGUGGCCUCGUCCAUGACCUUCCUGGUGGGGAUGUACCAGCUGGGCAUGGGCUUGCUGCAGGUGGGCUUCGUGGUCAGGUAUCUGUCUGACACGCUGGUGUCGGGCUUCACCACCGCGGCCGCCGUCCACAUCCUGGUGUCCCAGCUCAAGUUCAUCCUGGGCCUGGAGGUGACAAGUUUCAAUGGAGUGCUGGCCAUCAUAUAUACCCUGGAGGAGAUCUUUGUGAAGAUCGGGGACACAAACCUCUGUGACUUGGUCACCUCCCUCCUCAUCAUAGGGAUGGUGUUCGUCUACAAGGAGGUCAAUGACACGUACAAAGACAAGCUCCCUGUUCCAAUCCCGAUAGAGGUCAUCAUGACCGUGAUUGCGUGUGGAGUCUCCUACGGCUUAGACUUUGAGAAAAGAUACCAAAUCACUGUUGUUGGUGAGAUGAAGAGGGGGUACGAGGCUCCCAUCGCCCCGGACAUUGACGUGAUGAAAGCGAGUGCGAUGGAGGCCUUCCCUGUCGCCAUCGUUGGCUUCGCUGUGGCCUACUCGGUCGCAAAGGUCUACUCCGUCAAACACGAUUACACCAUCGACGGGAACCAGGAGCUGAUCGCGUUCGGGGUCAGCAACAUGUUCGGCGCCAGCUUUAAGUCUUUCGCGGCGAGCACGGCGUUGUCUCGGACGGCGAUUCAAGAGAGCUCUGGCGGCAAAACACAGGUCGCAGGGCUGGUGGCGGCCAUGAUGGCCAUGCUGGUUACCUUGGCGCUGGGGUUCCUGUUGGCGCCGUUGCCCAAGUCGGUCCUGGGGGCCCUAGUGGUGGUGAACCUGAAGGGCAUGCUGAUGCAGUUCUCCAUCCUGCCAUCGCUGUGGAGGAAGGACAAACUGGACUUGGUGGUGUGGGUGGUGACAUGCCUGGCCUCCAUCCUGCUGGGUCUGGACCUGGGCUUGGGCGUGGGCCUGGGCGUAGAGCUGCUCACCGUGGUCUUCAGGACUCAGUUUCCUCGCUGUUCUGUGUUGGCAAACCUCACCGGGACUGACCUCUACAGAGAUCGUAAAGACUACAUGUGUAUCACAGCGCAGAAAGGGGUCGUGAUCUUCAAGAUCCCCUCACCCAUAUUCUUCGCCAACGUGGACUUCUUCAGGGAAAAGCUUAACGAUGCGGUUGGGUUCAAUCCAUUGAAGGUUCUGCGAAAACGGAACAAGGCUGAGAGGAAGAUGAAGGAUGCCUCUAUAUGGGCAUCAAGGCAUGAGGGCGACGUGGUGGCCACCUGGCCGGACAUGCAUGCAGACGAACCGGAGCAACCGAUGCAGAUCGACUGGAAAGGGAAUCUUCCCUCCAACGUCUCCGUGCCCAGAGUGGACCUUCACAGCCUCAUCCUCGACUUCUCCGCCGUCACCUUCCUGGACAUCGCGGGUAUCACCGGACUCAAAAUGGUUGUGAAAGAGUUCAUCCGUCUUCGCGUGGAUGUGUACAUCGUUUCUUGCGACGAAUGUAUCCUGGAGAAAUUACACAGAUGCGCGUUUUUCGACGAUGACGUCAGCCGGUCCAUCUUCUACCCUAGUCUUCACGACGCUACACUGAGUGUCCUUGAGUCCCAGAAAGGAGCCCAUCCCCCGGGUUCAGUGGUAAGGAACGAACAGCUGGAUCUCCUAAGCCGGCUAGUUUGAAGACAUUACAUACUUACAUGACAGCUCAAUGUCUUCAGUCUCACAAAGUUUGGCAAAGACAAAAUGGUGUGCAAACAUAACACAUUACAUAACAUGUAACAUAUUGAACAAAUGUGUCCUGAUUUGUGGGUGUUCAUAGCCCCGUUAAUUAUCCAUCUGUACAAACAUCUCCAAUUUGACACAAUAUAAAUGUUAGAAUGACAUUGAUGUUUUGCUGAAUUGAAUUAAACAGACAUUGAAAGGGCAAUUGUGUGGACUCAGCAGCACCAUUUAUCCAUGUAAUGGGCUUAGAAUAUAUGUAGAAUUGCAUUUUCACUUGUAUUUCUCCCUUUACAUAUAGCUCCGUAGGGGUUGAAAUAUUCGGACCCUACUUCGAUGAAAUUAAGAAAGAAUGGUGUAGAACAAAGAACAGCAACUUGAUAUUGACCGUUUCAGUGAUGAAGGUCUGGUUCCAACUGUCGGAUGUGUUUGUGUGUUUCAGUUGGCUGUCAGCAGACUGUAGGAGGCCAUUAGACUUCAAGGGCCGCUGACUGAUUUAGAAAAGGAAACUGCACUACGUUGUACAUUGUUUGAUCUACAAACCACUGGAUACCAGAAUACUAUUUUCACAUUAUGAAUUUCACCAAUUGAAUGUACAGUUAAUGUGUAAUUUAUCGUAUGAUACAGAACUAUAAAUAAGGUAUCUCUUUUUGCCAGACCCUAGUUAUCAUGUACUGUUUUUUUGAAUGUUCUCAUUCUCAUAUUUUUAAAUGGAAGCUAAUGACACUUUAAAACUAAUUUUAUUACAAAAGGUUUCCAUUUCGGUUAAUCAAAUGUUGAUAUGUGUAGAGCACAAAGUGAUCUACAAAAGAACAAACCGCUUGUACACAUCAUAGCCGUUGUGUGCGUAAGUGACUGAAAUGAAAAUACAACCCUGAAACCAA